CAACUCAUCAGUUCUGGCCUUCCCUCCACUGGCCUUGAGCUACCACCAGGGCCUCCUAUUAGACAAUUAAGUGUGUGGUGAGGGAGGGACCAGAGACCGGGCAAAGUUUAAUCAUUGAACGAGGCAGGCUGGAGGUAUUUAGUUGGAAGCACCCAGCUCCCAGCCUGAACUGGAAGUGUCAGGGGUGCCAGAGACACAGGGAAGUAAACGGUGCACAGAAAUCUCCGGCUGUCUCAGGAGAAACCCAACUUCACGAUCAUGUUUGCGGUACAUUUGAUGGCAUUUUACUUCACCAAACUGAAGGAGGAUCAGAUCAAGAAGGUGGACAGGUUCCUGUACCACAUGCGGCUUUCAGAUGAGACCCUUUUGGAUAUCAUGGCACGGUUCCAGGCCGAGAUGGAGAAGGGGCUGGGGAAGGACACCAACCCCACGGCCUCCGUAAAGAUGCUGCCCACCUUCGUCAGGGCCAUUCCGGAUGGCUCAGAAAAUGGGGAGUUCCUUUCCCUGGAUCUUGGAGGGUCCAAGUUUCGGGUCUUGAAGGUACAAGUCUCUGAAGAGGGGAAGCGGAAUGUCCAGAUGGAGAGUCAGUUCUACCCCACGCCCAACGAAAUCACCCGGGGGAACGGCACAGAGCUCUUCGAAUACGUGGCUGAUUGCCUGGCGGAUUUCAUGAGGACCAAAGGGCUGCAGCACAAGAAGUUACCCCUCGGCUUUACCUUUUCUUUCCCCUGCAGACAGACUAAGUUGGAGGAGGGCAUCCUGCUGUCAUGGACCAAAAAAUUCAAGGCACGAGGAGUGCAGGACACAGAUGUUGUGAGCCGCCUGACCAAAGUCAUGAAGAAACACAAGGACCUGGAUGUGGACGUGCUGGCCUUGGUCAAUGACACUGUGGGGACCAUGAUGACGUGUGCCUACGAUGACCCCUACUGCGAAGUUGGAGUCAUCAUUGGCACCGGCACCAAUGCAUGCUACAUGGAGGACAUGAGCAACAUCGACCUGGUGGAAGGCGACGAGGGGAGGAUGUGCAUCAACACGGAGUGGGGGGCCUUCGGGGACGACGGGGCCUUGGAGGACAUCCGCACCGAGUUUGACAGGGAGCUGGACCUCGGCUCGCUCAACCCGGGGAAGCAACUGUUCGAGAAGAUGAUCAGUGGCCUGUACUUGGGGGAGCUCGUUAGGCUCAUCUUGCUGAAGAUGGCCAAGGCUGGCCUCCUGUUUGGUGGUGCGAAAUCCUCUGCUCUCCUCACAAAAGGCAAGAUUGAUACGCAACACGUGGCCGCUAUGGAGAAGUAUAAAGAAGGCCUUGCCAAUACAAGAGAGAUCCUGGCAGACCUGGGUCUGGAGCCGACCGAGGCUGACUGCAUUGCUGUCCAGCAUGUGUGCACCAUCGUCUCCUUCCGCUCGGCCAAUCUCUGUGCAGCGGCCCUGGCGGCCAUCCUGUCACGCCUCCGAGAGAACAAGAAGCUGGCCCGGCUCCGGACCACGGUGGGCAUGGAUGGCACGCUCUACAAGAUACACCCCCAGUACCCCAAACGCCUCCACAAGGUGGUGAGGAAACUAGCGCCGAACUGUGACGUCCGCUUUCUACUGUCAGAGAGUGGCAGCACCAAGGGGGCCGCCAUGGUGACUGCAGUGGCCUCCCGUGUGCAGGCCCAGCGGAAGCAGAUAGAUGAGGUUCUGGCUUUGUUUCGGCUGACCCGAGAGCAGCUUGUGGAUGUGCAGGGCAAGAUGCGUGCUGAGCUCGAGUACGGGCUGAAUAAGAAGAGCCAUGCGCUGGCCACAGUCAAGAUGCUGCCCACCUAUGUCUAUGGCAUGCCGGAUGGCACAGAGAAAGGAAAGUACCUUGCUCUGGAUCUGGGGGGAACUAACUUCCGGGUCCUCCUGGUGAAGAUCAGAAGUGGACGGAGGUCAGUGCGAAUGUACAAUAAGAUCUUUGCCAUCCCUCUGGAGAUCAUGCAGGGUACUGGCGAGGAGCUGUUUGAUCACAUUGUGCAGUGCAUUGCUGACUUCCUGGAAUACAUGGGCCUCAAGGGGGCCCAGCUCCCUCUGGGCUUCACGUUCUCCUUUCCCUGCAGGCAGACGAACAUCGACAAGGGAACACUCAUAGAGUGGACCAAAGGCUUUAAGGCCACCGACUGUGAAGGGGAGGAUGUGGUGGACAUGCUCAGGGAAGCCAUCAAGAGGAGAAAUGAGUUUGACCUGGACAUAGUUGCAAUUGUGAAUGACACAGUGGGGACCAUGAUGACCUGUGCUCAUGAAGAUCCUAAUUGUGAGAUUGGCCUGAUUGCAGGGACAGGAAGCAACAUGUGCUACAUGGAGGAGAUGAGGAACAUUGAGUUGGUGGAAGGGGAUGAAGGGAAGAUGUGCAUUAACACCGAGUGGGGAGGAUUCGGAGACAACGGCUGCAUAGAUGACAUCCGGACCCAGUACGACAAGGAGGUGGAUGAGGGAUCCUUGAAUCCUGGCAAGCAGAGAUACGAGAAAAUGACCAGCGGCAUGUACCUGGGGGAGAUUGUGCGGCAGAUCCUCAUCGACUUGACCAAGCAUGGUCUCCUCUUCCGAGGGCAGAUUUCAGAGCGUCUCAGGACCAGGGGCAUUUUUGAAACCAAGUUCCUGUCCCAGAUUGAAAGUGACCGGUUGGCCCUCCUCCAGGUCAGGAGGAUCCUGCAGCAGCUGGGCCUGGACAGCACAUGUGAGGACAGCAUCGUGGUGAAGGAGGUGUGUGGAGCUGUGUCCCGGAGGGCUGCCCAGCUCUGUGGUGCGGGCCUGGCUGCCGUCGUGGAAAAAAGGAGACAAGACCAGGGACUUGAGCACCUGAAGAUUACCGUGGGUGUGGAUGGCACCCUGUACAAGCUGCACCCUCACAUUGGUUGGGAAUACAAGCCAGCCUCUCUCAGUUCCAGCCUCCUCAUCUGUGCAAGGCCAGCAGCAAUGAUUGUGCAUCUCAGGGUAAAAUCAGAACCCAGAGAACUGCCUGCCCUGCUGGCCCUCAGAGAUGACCACCUAACAUUCAAGGUAGCCAGUGUUCCCAGCCUAGAUGCCCACACCGCUGGUAAAAACUUUGCCUUGGAAUGUGGCCGUUUUCAGGCAAACCUGGGACAGAGCAGAGACUGUGUCCCACCUCACCGGCUACAGCUUUUCCCGGGUGUUGCAGGAAACCGUGAAAGAACUGGCCCCUCAAUGUGACGUGAUGUUCAUUCUGUCGGAAGACGGCAGUGGCAAGGGAGCGGCUCUGAUCACUGCGGUGGCCAAGAGGCUGCAGCAGUCGCCGAGGGAGAACUAGGCGUCCCCCACGGUCAGCCGAAUGCACCUUGGAUCCCGUCUGGCUCCACCUCUGGCAGAUGAGUGGGUCGGGCACAAGUAGGCCCCCUCCUGGCAGACUUCGCCUCCCUAGCUGGAAGAAAACCUCCAGUCAUUUGUACUCUUAGCAACUUGGUACUAGUUUGCAUUGACUUUAAAAGGAAGUUCCAUUUGGUAUAUUUGGGCCAAGGCGAGGCCACUUCGUGUAGUCAGAGUAUCUGGACUGUAAGAUCCCCUUUCAGUAGAAUUCUCAGCUGCGCUUCAAGGGUUCUGUCCUCUGUGCCUUUGGGUCCUGUGCUGCCAGGUUUGAGGAUGUAAAGAGACUGCCCCUAGGCUGGCUGGGUUCCUCCUCGGGAUGCUUGAACCAUCUGGAGUAGCAGAUUGGGCCCUUUGCUUGUGGAUGACCGCCUGAGAGGGCCAGAGGCUUAUGAAACGAGCUGGGGGACCUAAUCUAACUCGUCCUUGCCUCCUUACGUUGGCUUAAAGUGCGAAGCAAAAAUAAAGCCUCUGGAGUGCUGCUCUCUGGGAUGCAGAGAGCUGAUUGCCAGGGAGUCCUGCGGGAAUCUUCCUUACUUCUGAGAGCCGCACGAGCACCCUGCCGGAUUGUGCCCCUUAGCCCGUGUGUGUGGUGGGGCAGGGCGCACUCAGUGCCUCUGGUUUUUAUCCUGCAUUUAACAGGGUUUGCGUUGUUGCUGUCAAUAUUUGUUUGAAGCACGGUUAUGAAACCCAGUAAAUGAAUAAACAUAUUUGAUUUCCAAAGAAA